AACGAAAGAAGAUAAACGAUCGUUGAAGGUUAUCAUUUAAAAAGACAUAAGAGUUGACCCGAGAAUCGAGACAAAGAAAUGGAGAACGAAAGUUAUCGAGUUAAUAAAGUAUACUGCAACCCGAUACAGAAUCAGAACGAGGCACGUGAUUGAGUAUUCCAAAGACACGUGAUUUAAUGUUGAAUAAUAAUAUAUUUUGUAAUUCAACUAAUUACAUAAAUAAUAUUAGAGAAAAAAUUAUAAAAAAUAAUUUGAACACAAAAAUAAAUCGUUAGAAUUUUUUUAGCAUGCAGAAUUAAAACAAUUAAAUGAUGAAAGGAGGCUGCAAGAGGAAAGAGAAUGUAGAAUUAGAAUAACUGACGAUGAAAAAAAACGAAAUGAGAAAAAAGGUGAUGAAGGAAAAGGUUCACAGCAACUAAAUAGAAUGUUGGGAGUUUGUGCUAUUUGUCAUCUUACUGCAGAAAAUAUGAAUUCUACUUUUCAUCAACCUUGUUCUGAAGAGCAUAUUUUGUGCAAUCAUUGUAUUCAACAAUUUAUUAUUCCAUCAGAUCUAUGUUGCAUUCUUUGCCAAGCCCAAUUUCAAUUCUUAAAUUUAAGUUUGUCUCAAGAGAGCAAUACCAGUUUAAAUUCCAUAUAUAUUCGUCCAAGAAAAAUGCAAGUAUUGCUUCAACAACCAGAGUCUUUUAUUAGGCAUCAUCAACCUCAGCAGUUGCAUGUUAAGUCUAGGAAUCAAAAUUAUUCAACACCAGUAACGAACAUAGAAAAGAAUACAUGGGGAUGCUAUACUGCCAAUGAUUCUGAAGAAAGCACUGAUUGCGAUCAUGUUGAAGAUCAAAGCAAUAUAGAUAAAGGUGAUAGUAAACAAAAACAACACAGUCACUGUAAUCUAUAUAAAAGAGGAAAUCUGGAUAUGCAUGCAUCUGAAACUAAAAUUAAUGGGCAAAUUACAGCAGAAUGUUCUCGCAGACCUAUCCGAUGUCCACGAAUUGAUUGUGCGAUAAAUGUUGCUUUUUCAGCAUUAACGCAUCAUUUUAUUUUUGAUCACCCGGAAGUACCCAUUUUGAAUGUGGAACCAGGCAUUAAAAGCACGCUUAUCGUCAGUUUCAAUGCUUUAUCUUUACACUCUAGCCGAUGUCUUGCCCUUCUUUUAGUUUCUGGUAAACUCUCAGAUCCUGUCGCAAGACUGUUCAACGGUAGUCAAAUUAAUCAAAAAUUUCGGAACCGAUUACCAUUAUCAGUAUUAGCUGCUCGAUUGAAUUGCACAGAUCAAUGUAAUAAAAUUAAUUACUGCAACAAAAACAUAAUUAUUGCCUGGGUCGCUGGAUUAGAUAUUGGAAACACUACAGAGAAACUUCUGUGUAGUAUUCAGGUAUAUUCAAUAAAAAUAUUCAGUUAGACAUAUGGUUAUAUCUAUAUACAUAAUAUUUGUUAUGAAUAUAAUAAAAAUAUGCUAUUUCCACAAUAGGCUGUGGAUAAGCUUGAUACCGAAGGCUUACGUUCCUUGACCUAUACAGGUCCAAUAAAUUCAUUAAGAACAGCCCAAUGUCCUCGAGAUAUUUUUUUAACAGGUGAUUGUAUAGUUCUGCAUGAAGGUCUCCUUAAUCACGUUACAUCCGAUUGUGCUAUGCUCAAUGUUAAUGUUACUGUACAUUAACUAUAUUAUGAAAAAAUAUAAAUAAUAAAAUUAUUAAAACAUUCGCUAAUAGUGUUAACAAAAAUACUUACAAAGACAUAAUUCUUAUGUAUCCACAUGGCUGAGUAUUGUUUAAAAUGCAGUAUUAUGUAAAAGUACUUUAUUAGUUGAAUAUAUGCAUAAAAUGCAAGAUACAUAAGAUUAUAGUUUGUAUCAUAAGCUUGUCAUAGCAGGAGGACGGGCAUAUGCUUUUGGAAUAAAACCAUAUUUGCGAGUCUUGGGUGCAUAUGCCCACAACCAACCAUCUACAGUUUGAUUUCCCAAAUCUGCAUAAAUCCAAUCAGCUCUUCUCACUGAUAAAUCAUCUGGCGCCUGCGCCUUAUAAUCAUAAAGUACAACUAAUUCUGUUCCAUUAGUUUCAUCUCGAAAAUCUCGUAAACCUUUUUGUUGCAAUGAUUCAUUUCCUGAUAUAGUACUAUUACCUUUUCCUAUACAUCAAAUAUUGUUUAAAUUAAUUUUUCAACUUCACAUUUUCAAUUGGUUCUUCGUUUGAUUUUUAAAAAAUCAAAUUUACCUAAACUAUGC